AUGCGGCAUAUUGAUGGCAGAUGGCAAUUGAUCGAUUUUGAAUCCAGCAGAAAUAUAGGCGAAGAGUGUGUAGGCGUAAUCACCCCUCGAUAUUGUCCACCUGAAGUUGCAAAAGCAACAACCUAUGGCAUAGAGGGAACUCAUGGGGUAGUAGCCACUAUUAGCAUUGAUCUUUGGGCUCUUGGCUGUAUUAUUUAUGAACUUGAAACCAAGAAUAUACUGUUUUCCAAUAGUAUCAAAGACGAGACGAUUCUUCACUUUAUGUCCCAUCCAUCACCUUCUACACCCACCCUACAAAAUGGAUUACGGUGGAAUAAUGAUAAUGAGCUCGAGAUCCCGCAGUUUGAGCAAGAUAUUCCCGAUGCUGUUACGCGCCAAAUGAUUCAACAACUUCUUAGUCGUGAACCAGCCAUGCGUGGAACAGCAUCCUCCCUUUUAAAGUAG